AUGCGGUACUGGAGUGGGUUGGAGGGGAAGGGAGAGAUGAAAGCGGAAGUGGAGAGAGAGAGAAUACCCCUGGAUUUUUUACAAGGUGACAAAUUUCGAGAAGCAGCAGAAAAUUAUAUUAGGCCUCUCUUAACUAAGGGAGUUCCAUCUCUGUUUUCUGAUCUUUCUUCUUUGUACAAUCAUCCUGGGAAGGCAGACAUUUUGGAACAACUUAUUCUUGAGUUAGAGCAUUCAAUUAGGACAUCAAGCCAAUAUCCUAGGAGUACGGAGAAAGAAUCCCCUUCAACUCUUUUGUGGACUUUGUUUUUCUUGGCUCAGCAUUAUGACAGGCUCGGCCAAUAUGCGAAUUCUCUUUCUAAAAUCGACGAGGCUAUAGAACACACACCUACUGUCAUUGAUCUAUAUUCUGUCAAGAGUCGGAUAUUGAAGCAUGCUGGUGAUUUGAAUGCUGCUGCUGCAUUUGCAGAUGAAGCAAGACGUAUGGAUCUUGCUGACCGUUAUGUUAAUAGUGAAUGUGUUAAGCGGAUGCUGCAGGCUGAUCAGGUUGCUUUGGCAGAAAAAGUUGCUGUGUUGUUCACAAAAGAAGGAGAUCAGCAUAUCAACCUUCAUGAUAUGCAAUGCAUGUGGUAUGAGCUUGCCUCAGGUGAAAGCUUUUUCCGCCAGGGCAAUCUUGGACGGGCUCUCAAAAAUUUUUUAGCAGUGGAGAAGCAUUAUGCCGAUAUUAUUGAGGACCAAUUUGACUUUCAUUCAUACUGCUUAAGGAAAAUGACUUUGCGUACUUAUGUUGAAAUGCUUAGAUUUCAAGACCAAUUGCACUCACAUGCAUAUUUUCAUAAAGCAGCAGCAGGAGCUAUCAAAUCUUAUAUUAAGUUGCAUGAUUUUCCCCCAAAGUCUACAACAGAGGAAGAUGAGCAUAUGUUAAACUUGCUUCCUUCUCAAAAAAAGAAAUUGCGACAAAAGCAAAGGAAGGCAGAAGCAAAAGCUAAGAAAGAGGCAGAAGAAAAGAAUGAAGAAUUAAAUUCUAGCACGGCAUCAAAGUCUGGGAAGCGGAAUGUAAAACCUGUUGAUCCUGAUCCUCAUGGGGAAAAGUUAAUGCAGGUUGAAGAUCCAUUGUCCGAAGCUGUUAAAUACUUAAAGUUGCUGCAGAAGAAUUCACCUGAUUCAUUGGAAACACAUUCGCUCUCUUUUGAAUUAUAUACAAGAAAACGGAAGAUUUUGCUUGCCUUUCAGGCUGUAAAGCAGUUACUGAGAUUGGAUGCUGAUCACCCUGAUUCGCAUCGUUGCUUGAUUAAAUUUUUCCAUCAAUUUGGAUCCAUGGGUACUCCUGUGACUGAAAGCGAGAAACUGAUAUGGAGUGUCUUAGAAGCUGAGUGCCCAACUAUUAGUCAACUGCAUGAAAAAUCUCUUCUUGACGCAAACAAUGCUUUCCUUGACAAUCAUAAAGAUUCUUUGAUGCAUAUAGCAGCUUUUACGGAAAUCUUGUACAUUUUGGAUUCUAACAGAAAGUCUGAGGCUGUCAAGUUGAUUGAAGAGUCAGCAAAUAAAAUUGUGCCUAGAAAUGAAGCAAUCGGACCAAUUGGAAAGUGGAAACUUAAAGAUUCUAUAGCAGUUCACAAGCUUCUUGGAACAGUACUUGUUGACCAAGAUGCGGCAUUGAGGUGGAAAGUGCGGUGUGCAGAGAAUUUCCCUUAUUCAACUUACUUUGAGGGAAAACACAGCUCUGCCUCUCCCAACUCGGCCUUUAAUCAGUUACGCAAGAACUCUGAAAAUGUUAGUCCUAACCGUGCAGUUGAUAAUCAAAAUGUGAGCUCUGCCACAUCGAAUGGCAAAUCAUUUGAAAAUCUCACUAUCUGA